UUCACUGAUUUUCUUUCUGUUGCAGUUCUUAGCCUGCUCUGGUUAGUCGUCCAUCUCCUACCGCUUACAAAUGGGGACCUUUUUACUGAUUGCGAUCAUGUGAUACACAUCAAAGAAGGUUAUUCCUUUUUGGAAUCACCUUACUUCCCAGACACAUAUCCUCCGCACUCGUCGUGUCGGUAUAAAAUCGUAGCACCAUUAGAUUACGAAAUCUCGGUUAAUUGUACCUUACACAUAGACCAGGGUUACAAGGGUUGCUCUACUGAGUUUCUCUACUUCGGACACGAUGGUGAUAUACAUUUACGUGAUUCAGAACAGUUUUGUGGGCGCGGUUCUUUUCUACGUCGAUCUCUUUACCGUUCAGUCGUGCUCGCUUAUGUGUCAUACGGAUCGUGGGGACGGUUUCAAUGUCAGUUGUUUGCUACACCGCAACCUUGCGAUUGCGGUUGGUCCAUUAAUACACGUGUCGUGAACGGAAAAGAGGCCAGAAUUAAUGAAUACCCGAAUGUGGUUGCUUUAAAAGAUGUUACAAGUAUGCAGGCUUCCUUUUGCGUGGGAACGAUAAUAAGCCAUCGAUGUGUUCUGACAGCGGCCCACUGUAUUGAUCACCAACCACGGGCUGCUAAUCUAAUUAUCUUGGCUGGCGACCAUUAUAUUCAGAGAACUGAAGAAACUAAGUAUUCUGCUCAGUAUAGCGUACAAGAAAUCAUCAGACAUCCUGAAUAUCAAGCAAAUACUGUACAAAAUGACAUAGCUUUAUUGAUAACUACCGUCGAUAUCGAGUGGUCUCGUGGUGUCGGUCCUAUUUGUUUACCGUCCUUCGCAGCGAAAGAUUUGUCUUUUGCCUUGAAGUACGUUGACAUUGUCGGUUGGGGUACUCUUCAUUUCGCUGGUGCUAUGUCGGAUACGUUGCAAAAGAUCACUUUAAUGGUGAUAGAAAAUGAACCCUGUCAAAAAGCCUAUGAAAACAUUUCUACGAUUUCUUCUUCGCAAAUGUGUACUUUCGAUUAUACAGGAAAUAAUCGCGACUCCUGUCAAUAUGAUUCUGGGGGUCCACUAAUAUUGCGUCAAGAUCGUCAGUUUUUAUUGGGUUUGGUAAGUUUCGGAACCGAUUGUGGUGCGGAAAAGUAUUCGGUCGGUGUUAAUACGCGGGUUGGCUUUUUUUUGCCAUGGAUUUAUAAAUACGCAGGUCGCAGUAUAUGCCCAAUCAAUAUGAACUUAAAGCGCAUUUAAGAUAAGGAACAACACUGAAAUAUAAUAUGAUUCCGCUCAUAUCCAUUAUCAUAAAAUAAAAGCGUAAUAAUUUUGUCAUAAUCCUUAUAAUACUU